AUGCCUGCUUGCCUGCCUGUUGCCGUGACGGUCAUGAACUCACCCUCUGAAACUGUCUAUCAGUGGAUGAGCCCGGUCAGCAAGAAGCUAGCAGAAGUGGUGCCUAUGCAGCAUUUCCUGGAAAGGACCCAUGACGUCCUGACCACACACUACUUGAAAAUCAGCAAACCAUCCAACAGUCCCAAGAAGAUCAUUUGGAUGAAUGGAAUUCAUGCUAGAGAAUGGAUUGCCCCUGCUUGUUGCCAAUGGUUUGUGAAAGAGAUUCUAUGGAAUGAUAAAGACAACACAAGGAUGAGCAGGCUUUUUAAGGAGCUGGACUUUCAUGUGCUUCCAGCCCUCAACAUCAAUGGUUGUAUCUAUGCUUGGACAAGAGAUCCUUUCUGGAGGAAGUCCCACUCAUCCCAUAAUAAUAGCACAUGCUUCAGAACAGAUCUCAUUCACAAUGUCAAUGUCUCCUUGUGCAGUAAGUCCUGCUCAGCAGAUAAACUCAUGAACAAAAACUACUAA